AGCGAUUGGACGAUAAAUAUUGUGAUAUGAUUCUGCAAGUGGAAAACAAGGUUUUCAAAGCGCACCGCAAUGUGCUAGCAGCAUGGAGUCCAUAUUUUGAUACGAUGUGUUACAGUGGGAUGGAAGAGGGACUUCGGAAUAUGGCAACGAUAGAGUGUACGACGGCGGAUGCAAUGGAAGAAAUUUUAAAUUACAUUUACACCGGAGAAAUAUGUAUCAGUUCGGACAAUGUUGAACCAAUACUCCGCGGGGCUGACCAUUUUCUCAUUCCAGCACUGCGAGAAUACUGUUGUGAAUUUCUGUCCAAAAAGAUGGACGCGUCGAACUGCCUUGUUGUGAAACAGCUGGCCGAUUUGUAUCGCUUUGGUGAACUGUACAACAGAUCGAGCGAAUUCGUACGCAACCAGUUCAUGCACGUUAUAACAGACGGAAAUGACGAUCUCAUGGCUUUAACGGUCGAUCAGUUGAUCGACUUGAUCACGGACGAGAAACUGCGCGUGGAAAAGGAAGAAAGCAUCUAUGAACUUGUUUUGAAAUGGACCAAGUUUGAUUUAGCGAGUAGGAAAGAGUACUUUCCAGAACUGCUUUCGCAUGUGAGGUUGCCUCAAUUAAAUCGCCAGUAUUUGAUGAGCUACGUUGAGGUUGAAGAACUUAUUAGAGAAAAUCCAAAGUGUAUGGCACUUUUUGCUGAUGCUAAACAUCAGACUGAUACGACAAGACGGAGUUACUGCAGUGAUAGCCCUGUCUUGAAACCACGCAAGGGGAGACUCACUGAUGUUGUUGUGAUCACAGGAGGUGUGUCAACUAAUGGUCCCCUGGCUGAAACAUUUGGUUACAUCAUUGAAGAGGAUCGCUGGACUGCCUUGCCUGGACUGCCAAAUGAACUACGAUUCCAUGCUGCAUCUACUCUUCAUAGUUGCAUGUAUGUAGCAGGUGGCUCAAGUAAUGGACUUGUGUCAAAUAAAGUUCACAGGUAUGAUCCUGUCACUAAUUCCUGGACUAACACAGCAUUUAUGCAAACACCGAGAGAGUACCUCGCACUGGCUGCAUGCAAUGGAUGUCUCUACGCAAUGGGAGGCAUCAGGUGGGACAAUGUUUUACGAUCAGUAGAAAAGUAUGAUCCAGAACUUGACAAGUGGACAUUUGUAGCCCCAGUGUCCACUCCGCGGUAUGCGAUGCACUUGGUGACUAUUGAUGACAGGUAUAUUUAUGCCAUUGGGGGAAGAGAUGGUACAAGGCAACCUGUUACAACAGUUGAGCGGUAUGAUACAGAGACUGAUGAAUGGUGCACACUUCAAUCAUUUCCUGUGGAUGGACAGCCUUGGGAGUUCCCUGUUGUUGAAUCCCAAGGUGACAAGAUCUUUGUGACUGAUUUAGCAACCAAAGCAUUAUGUUUUAACACUGAAAGAAAAUGUUGGACACAGGAGAUCCAUAACUUUGCCAGCCUGCCAGAGAGGACAUGCUUCACAUACUGCACCUUGGAUAGAAUUGUAUUUGUAUUUGGGGGUUGGAAGAGUCACGUUGAUAACCCUUACACAUCCAACUCCACCCUCCCCACUGAUGCCUGUAUUUACAACAGUGUGCUAGGCUUAUGGAGUAGCAUCUCAUCACCUCCAGCAUCGACACUGGCGUCAGCAUGUUGUGUUCUUCAAAUUCCUUACGAGUUCCUAAUGGACGCACCACCGCCCAGUAUCCAUUCAUAUUAAAUCAAUGUAUUUUAUGGAACAGAUUGGAACAGUUGGAAUAUGGCCUUGGAGACAUGAUACUGAUGUGGUAAUCCCUCUUACACUACCCUGCAUCAGGAAUGGAAUGAUCCAUGAAUGUAUCCAGAAAUCCAGCUCUUGUGAUGUUCUGCUGCUUUUAACUAUUGUCACUGUAAUGCAGCUGCAAGCCAUGUCUGUGGCUUUGUGGAACUGAAGUGAAACUAUUAGCAAGAGAAUCAUGUAGAAAACUGUAACAUCUAUACAGACUGUAUGAGAUGUAUUAUUUACAACUUCCUGGGCGGUAUGAAAUAAUUUGGGGGGAGGGACUAAUGACACCAGUCAGCUGUUUGGAAAGGAUGUGAUUGUCACCUUGUUUUUUCCACUUUUGUAGUGCUGAAUUCCUACUGCUGACAUGUCAAUCAAGCAUCAGUUCCUGAACGCAGGUUUUAGGAACUGUUUACCUCAGUAGUUUGUGUGGUGUGCAGUGAAUUCAUUGCAACAUAACUAGAUUACAGCUGCCUGUGCCCACUGUCAAUAUACUGCCUGUAUUUUUAUUUUCAGUGGUCUUCUUUAUUCUUCAUUUGCUAACUACCUGUGCUUGAUGACCCCCUUAUAUACCCUGCCAAAUUUAAAUAUUAAAUAAUAAUCCUGACUAUUAGAAUGUUUAUUGCAUUUAUAUUGGAGGAAAUAUCUCUUUGAGAAAGUAAAAUUUGUUACUGUCUCUCGUUUCAUUUACACUUUUACUAAAGUGGUUUUGCAUCAGUAAAACCCUCCAGGAAUCUUCUCUCAUUGUAUCCCAUUUAUUAAGUGUAUAUAAAUCAGAAUGUUUCCACAUUCGUCUCUUGUGGUUUGAAAUCUGCCCAUGCACUUCUUCCCAUGCCUAUUUCAUUCUUUCCACGUUUGCGCAAGAUUCACAGUCGAUUAGAUUUCUCAUCUACAUCCCUAUCUGAUGGUAAGUACUGAGGACAAAAAAAAACUCAGUCUUGGAACGAUCAUGUGAAAUUACUAGUCAUUUAGAGUUUGUCUGCUAAAUCUAAAAAAGGCUGUACCAUUUUUACAAACCCUAAUGAAAGCAUUUAUUCCAUUGAAAACAUAUGGAUUUUGACCUUACAGCUGCAACAUUUAUAUAGGAGGCCAGUCAAUUGUGUGUUAAAAUGAGUUUCACACUUAGCACAGCACGUCCAUCUUUUCCCUGGAAUCACUUUAUCCAUCUUAUCUGUGGGUGUGACA